AUGGAGCCUCAGGAAGAUAUCAUUCAGUACAACGAAAACGUCAAAGACGAGGACCUUGAAAUAUUCACACGGUCGCAGCUUUCACUUUAUAAUGGAAAAUCAAAGCCAUUGGUUUACGUAGGGAUCCGUGGUUACGUGUUUGAUGUCACCCCCAACAUUUCCAGUUAUGGACCAGGCAAAAGUUACAACGUGUUUGUAGGCAAAGACGCCACCAGAUUGCUUGGGCUCAACAAACUCAAAUUCACGGGAGAUAUCACUGAUAGCAACACGUGGAGCACCGAAGGGUUGACUGAGAAGCAGCUCGAAGCGGUGGACAAAUGGAUGGACUAUUUUAAAAAGAGGUACAAGAUAGUCGGUUUGAUAGUUGCCCACGAGAACUAG